AUGCGUCGGACGACUCGCAGCCUCAUAAUCAACGCCGUGUUGUUCUGGAUAGUUUUGUUCCUGAUCCUCUAUGUCAACCAUGAUCGGGGAUCGACUACCAAGACCUUCGCGUGGUCUAGAAUCCACUACAAGACCUCCUCCACCGCUCUACCUGAGCCUCGUGGUAGCUGCCCCGGCUUGGAAGACAACUCAAAGCCCGCACUAGUGGUGGCAAGAGUUGGCGCCGAGGACCGCUCAUGGCUUGAUUCCCUGGCUGCAUUUUACCACCUGUGCGUGUACAGGACCGACCUCCAGGACGUGACCUCAUGGCAUCUGCAAGUGCCCGCGAACCGAGGCCACGAAGCCAUGGCAUACCUCACCUUCCUGAUCGAUAACUACGAACGACUCCCCGCAGCCGGUGCCGUUUUUGUUCACGGCUCGCGCUGGGCAUGGCACAAUGACGCCCCUGAUUACGACAAUGCUGCUCUUCUGGCGACUUUGAACGUCUCGGCUGCCCUCGCCCCGUUUGGAUAUCACAAUCUCCGCUGCGACUGGAGCGCCAGUACAUGCUCCCCCGCUGAGACUCCGGCGCAGGGCAGCCUGGAAACUCUGACGCGGUCCGUUCUCGAACCGUGGAACUUGCGCUUGGUGUCGGACAGAGCAUUACCACGUGCCAUCGUUGAUUUGUUCGGCGGCGACGGGGCAGAUGAGGGGCGAGGCUCUGCCCAGUUGUUUCUGGGACGUACGGAUGCCAUUCGGUCGCAGUGCUGCGCGCAGUUUGUCGUUUCCCGAGAGCGUAUGCGGCAACAUUCCCGUGACGAAUAUAUCGCUCUCCGACAGUGGCUGCUGGAUGAAGGAGAGCGUGCAGCACCGCCUGACGACCGCAUUGCCGGCCGAAUCUUGUCAUAUAUAUGGCACAUUUUGUUUAUGCCGCAAGGUGGAUCUGCUCACGUCGAUCUGAAUCAACUCAAUUUAUUGGCAUGCCCGCCGGCCAACGAAUGCUAUUGCCGCUUGUACGGCCGUUGUAAUCUCGACGGCUGCUUAACUCCUGGUCAUUGUCGCGGGCAGUAUGUCUUGCCGCCGGACUUUCGACUGCCGGAUGACUGGGCGGUGAGACAUUCAUAA